UUGGUCACACUGCACCCUUAACUGUUGUCAAAAAAAAACUGCUCUAUUUCUCCCGUGUUCGUUGUGCUUUUGUUUGCUAUUUGUAUUGCGUUUUGAUUUCGAUUUCGGUAUUUCGUGCAUCCAGUCCAACCCCGGAUUGGGUUGGUCAAGCGCGCGCGACAAGUGUCCAGAGAAACAGUCGGAGGCAAACGCCAUGAAACAGCUAAUAAUUCGACUAUUGUUAACCUAGUUUCACUUCCCAAAAACCAACCAAACAACAACAACAGCAACAAGGACGAACUGAGACGAGCAGCAGCUCUGGCUCCUCUAGUUACGAUUAUCUAGAAAGGAGCACUAAUUAAACAUCGAAGGACUCGGAGGGGACAUCUUUGCCGGCAGAGGAAGAAACCAAUCCCCAUCAACCUUUUCGGUUCUCCUCGGAGCAGGAUCCAUUUUCCCCCCCUAACCAACCAACCAACCAACCAACCAUCCAUCCCUCCCAGCACCCUGUCCACUCUGUCUCGGCACACACACACGGCACACCCGAAAACCCUGACGACUAUUACCAAUUAAUAGCCACAACCUUGGGACUCGACUUGGAGCACACCGAAUCGAGCUGAGCAUCGUAUAACUAAAAGGAUAGAGUAGCCGGAGGACGAGGACGACUCAUGUUACAAAAAUGAAAAAGUUCACAUUCAAAGGAGUUCUAGAUGGAUUUCGACAAAGCGUUCAGCCCCAAGCCACACGACAGGAGCAGGAGAUCCAGGAGCAACUCAAGGCCGAUCAUUUUACGUUGAAAAAGACCUUUCGCCAUGGCUUUCCAUACUCGCCCACAUCCUUUGCCUUCGAUCCGGUACAAAAGAUACUAGCGAUUGGCGACAAAUCGGGCUACAUUCGCAUAUUGGGACGACCUGGCGUCGAUGCCCAUGCCAAACACGAGGGCGAAUCCGAGUGCGCUGUGCUCUUUACCCAAUUUCUGGUCAAUGAGGGAGCCUUGGUCACCGUCACCGCCGAUGACACCAUUCACUUGUGGAACAUUCGCCAAAAGACGCCGCGCAUUGUGCAGAGUCUGAAAUUUCAGAGGGAGCGCGUGACUUGCAUACAUCUGCCCGUGGGCAGCAAAUGGCUGUACGUGGGCACCGAGAAGGGAAACAUACACGUUGUUCACAUAGAUACAUUUGCACUUAGUGGAUAUAUUAUUAACUGGAAUAAAGCAAUUGAAGUGGUUAGAACUAGUCAUCCAGGUGCUGUGAUUGCGUUAUGUGAUAAUCCAUUGGAUGCAAACAAGUUGCUUAUUGCAUUUGAGUGCGGGCUGCUUGUGUUGUGGGAUCUAAAGGCGAAAUGCGCUGAGAUACGAUGGCAGGCGGCCGAGGCCGUCAAGUCACUGGCCUGGCACUACGAGGGCAAGUACUUUGUGUCCUCGCACACCGAUGGCUCCAUUUGCUCCUGGCCAACGAAGCCCCAGGCCAAGCCGCAGUCGCAGGUCUGUCCGCAUGCAAAACCCAACAAGGAUGGCAACGCGGAGAAGUGCAAACCGAUUUAUAAAGUUGACUUGAAAUCCAGCACAACUGGGGAAACUUUCACCAUUUUCUCGGGCGGCAUGCCGUCGGAGAAGGGCUCCAAGUCGAAUUGCAUCACGGUGAUGGUGGGCAAGGCCACCACAGUGCUGGAAAUGGAGCAUGCCGUAUGCGAUUUCAUCACACUCUGCGAAAAUCCCUGGCCCUGUGAGACCCAGGAGCCGUAUGCAAUCGCCGUGCUGCUGCAAUACGACUUAGUAUUAAUAGACUUAUUAACACCCGGUUUUCCAUGUUUUGAAUCGCCUUAUCCAAUGGACUUACACGAAUCACCUGUUACAUGUUGCACAUAUUUAACCGAUUGCCCAUCGGAUUUGGUUCCUGCUUUCUAUUCAGUUGGUCGCACAACGACAAGUAAAAAGAGCUGCUUCUCGGAGCGCGAAUGGCCAAUAUCCGGUGGCGAGUGGUCGCCGGCGUCGUGCAGCUAUUCGGAGAUCGUAAUUACCGGACACCAGGAUGGUAGCCUCAAGUUCUGGGACUCUGGUGCCGGUACGCUGCAGAUCCUCUACAAGCUGAAGACGGCCAAGAUGUUCGAGAAGCCGCGCUCUCACGUCGCCCACUCGCAUCCGGAAAGCGAUAAUCCAUUGGCGGUGCAUCUCAUCUUCCUCUGUUCGGAAUCGCGACGCCUCUGUGUGGCGGGGGCCAUGGGCCAGGUUAUGCUAUUUAAGUUCCGUAAAAUGGAGUCAACAUCGGAGGUAUUGGUGCUGGAGAUACCCAUACUCUAUGAGAAUUUUGAUGACAUUUAUGGCACCAGUCCCGAAUGUGACUUUCUUACGGGCCAUCAAGUGCAAAAGACGGAAUCGAGUGAUUCAGAUAAGACGACCGAGUGUUCGUUGAAGGUGCGCUUUGGAGCACAGCGCAAGCCACCGGGCUUCCAAUCGCAGCUGGUCUGCCUCACAACCGGACCAAAUCGUCGGAACGUGCAGGUCACCUCGCUGUGCAUCAGCUCCAGCUAUGGCCUAAUGGCUUAUGGUACCGAAUAUGGACUUGUCAUAAUUGAUAUAAUCCAAAAAAUUUGCCUAUUGAGUGUUGCAUGCCCCGAUCUGUAUGGCGCACAUGAUCCUUACUCGCGAACACCAAAAAGUCCAAAACGCAUUGAGAACAAAGAGGAGCAAAGCCGAUCGCCCAGCUCAGAUCAGCUGAACGAUACGACCAGUCCGGAUAGUCCGUCACUUGAAUUUGUACCGGAGGCCUCGAGCACCGAUCCAACGGAUACCACGGCUAUCGUCGGCUCCCGUCCCACUUCACCCGAUCCCGUUGUGGUGAAUAGUUCGAGGGAAACCCUCAUCAGUGGCUCGGCAGCAGCAACGGCGGCCAUGAUGGCCAAGAGUCCGCAGCGUGAAGAUGCUGCACCCAAGGAGAUGCAGGAUAGACGCAAGUCCAUGUCCUGGAAAACGUUCAAUUUGAAGCGUCAAUUAUCGAAAGUCAAUAUGAAAAUCGGUGGUAUGAAUGUCAACACCGAUCUGGAGUCGCUCAAGAAUAGCUCCAUAUUCUACACGCCCAAGGAGGCGUCACCUGAUGGCGUUAUGCCAACACCACCGCCACCGCCAACCGAAGAGGAGACGACGGCCGAGCUGAAGGAAGAUGAAGCAUUGGAUGAUGCUGAAAUGGCAGCAGCAGCAGCAGCAGCAGCAUCAUCAUCACCAUCACCAGCGGUGCGGGGUAAAUUUCGAUCCUCCACCACUGAUUCACCAGAUGAUGGGGCACUAGCCCCAGGUGGCCCUCGUCGUGUGGACUUUGAGCAGAUGACAACAACGGCGGCAGCGGUGGAGGUGGAGAGGCCCAAUAAUUUGCCAUUGGCAGAAUCACAGGCACCUGUUCCACUGAAGCCGGUCCGUCAAAAAUUCAAAGAAAAGGCACGCGAUCAACGCCUAUUAUCAGUUCCAAAUAUUAAGUACCAGCCACGGGAUUUACGUGGCGGUGUGCGAAUCCUCAAGAACGAUGUAUCCCCGCUGACCAGCGGCGGAGGUGGCAGUGGCACCACUGGAAGUGGAGGAGCUGGUGGUGUAAGCGGAGGCGCCAGCGGCGGUGGCGGAGGCAAAAAGAUACAUAAAUUGGAUGGAACUUUCUCAAGAUCCAGAUCAUCGUCAAUGUCCAGCAUUGAUAUGUCUUCCUCUGAAUCUGUUACUUGUUUAGCUUUCAUCGAGAGUUAUGCAAAACGAAAUGAUAUUUUGACACUUGUUCCUACUUUGUGGAUUGGAACUAGUUUCGGUUCGAUACUGACAUUGUUUAUCACCAUGCCGGACCGAGAUGUGCGCAAAUCUCAACCAGUAUUGAUAACAAUAAAUGGUGGCCCCGUAGUACGACUUAAAGGAUCCAUAACUUCCAUGUCUUUUUUAGACUCUUACGGUUCGAUCAUACCCUAUACGUUUGAGACCUGGCGUGACGAGAACAAGGACAAGAAAGACCGCACACCCACAAAGAGCAGCAGCCGCACCAGUCCCACAUUCACACCGACAACUGCCAAUACAAUAUCAAACACUUCGAUUGCGGGUGGUGGUGGUGGUGGUGGUGCCUCCGCUGGCGGAGCUGGUGGUGCGGCCGGUGGUAGUGCUGGCGCUGGCAGCAGUGCAGCGGGUGCAGGAGCAGGAGCUGGUGCAGCCGCAGCUGCAGCGGGCGGCAGUGGUGGUCCCGGUGCCAGUGGUAGUGGCGGAGCAGCGACCAGCGGCAGUGCCGGAGGUGGCGGCGGCGGCGGCGGUAUGAGCAGCAGCAGCGCCAGCAGCAGCGGAAUAAGCGGAAGUGUUAGCACCGGCUUGGAAACACUCACCGAUCGACAAUAUAUCGUUAUCGCUAGCGAGAAGCAAACAAAAGUCUUCGAUGUGGCCAAUCAGUGUUGCAUCAAUCGCAUACAAUUAUCGGAAAUGGAUUUUGCAGUCAAGGCAGAAACUAUCACGAUGAAAGAUGGCUCUUGCUUAGCAACCUAUCUUUCGAAUGGCCAUCUAAUGGUACAUAGUCUUCCUAGUCUAAAACUGUUAUUGGAUACUGAUUUCUUACCGCUUAUGGACUUAAGUUUUCAAACAAAAUGUAAACAGGGAAUUGUGGAUCCAAUGCUUUCGAUAUGGGGUCAACAGAUCAUUGUUCAUGAAGAUACAACUCAAAUAUCAAAAAUAUUUUGCUUUAGUCAUAAAGGUCAUGGAUUGUACAUGGCAUCGCCCACCGAAAUUCAAAAAUUCACGAUAUCAUCGGAAUUUUGUCAAUUUAUUUUGGAGAUGAUGGGUGAACUAUAUACGGUACAGGAAAUGCCCGAACAGCCGAAGGAGGGUUUCUUCAAGGGUCUAUUUGGCGGCGGCGCCAAGCUCCUCGAUCGCGAAGAGCUAUUUGGUGAGCAGAGCGGCAAGGCGAAUCGCUCGGUGGCCAGGCACAUACCUGGUCCCAAUUUGGAACAGCUCGGCCAGCGGGCAUCCACCGCCGCAUCGGAGAUUAGCCGGGCGCACCAAUUGGCCAUGGAGCGCGGCGAGAAGCUUAAUUUGCUGGAGGAGCGCGCCGAGCGUAUGGCCAACACUGCUCAAGAUUUCAGCGGCACUGCGCAUCAAUUAAUGCUUAAAUAUAAAGACAAGAAGUGGUAUCAGUUGUAAAAUAUCUAUUUUAGGAGCCAAUUCUACCACAGUUAUUGUAAUAUUGCUUUUAUAAACACUUUCUACUACUACAUUACGAGUAAAGUACACUUAUUUAAUUUCCUGUUUUCAA